AUGCCUGAGGGUUACCAGUCCGUGCAUCCUGUUGAGAAGGGCAAGUUUGUCAUGAAGAGUGAAGGGAGCAGCUUUGCAGCUUACCUUCUUCCCAGCACGUUGCCAUCUAUGCCCAGCGACCUCUCUCAGUUUCGCAUGUGUAAUGUUGAAGAGGUGAAGAAGAACUUGAUGGACAUCCACAGCCAGGCCGAGUUGCAAGACUUGUGUGACAAGUUGGGUGUCCGUCCGGAACAGAGAACGAAGAAAGCGUCGGUGGCUCAAUGCUUGGCUGACGAGCUGGUGCGGGAGAUGGAUCUAAGCAAGGCAAUUGAGCAUGCUCGGGCUCUCGAAUCUGCUGGCAAACUGCAGCAAGCAGCAGCUGCCUUUGGCGCGGCCUUGACACUUCAGGGCGAUGUUCUGCUGCAGGGCCUCUCGGCAUUGUGCUUCGUGAAGCUAUCUUUGCAACAGAACUUGCCGGGGAAGUUAGGCGGAAAGGAGCCUGAGGAGUUGUUGGAGCAGGCCUUGCUUGAGGCUCGCGAGGCUCCAGCGCGUAGUCGCAGCCUCGAGGGCCAACUUCUCCAAGCCCUCAGCGAGGUCCUCUUUGCCAAGGUAAACAAGGAUGCCGCAGCCAUCGACCGAGCCAUAGAAGCGAGGCAACAGGCUCGUGAGAUGAUCAUCGAAGGGACCGUCGAGGGUUUAGGCUGGAAGCUGUCUAAGGCAGAGGAGUUUGCCGCUGCAGCCGCCAAGAACGAGGCCGACCACAAAUGGCUGGACAAGGAGGUGCUGCUGCAAAGGCUGCAGAAACUCGGUGCUCGAGCGGAAGAUGCGGACUACAUCAACGAGCUCUUUGAAGCCUGGCACCACGUGGGAGCAACCGGCGAGGAGGAGCUGUCAGUGCAUGAAUUCCUGCAGCGCUUCCUUGAGAUUGCGCGCAAGCUUCCAGCAAAGCAGUCGAAGCAGUGCGGUGCACCCUGUGAAGGUGGCCUGCCACCUGGCUCUGCGCCGCUAGAGAAGGAACUGGUUCGACUGGUUUCGCGCGAUGGGAAGGGAAACUGGUCGGCAAAAGCCGCAGAGAUCCGGGACUCCUUUCCGGAGGAGACCGGGAGGUCGUUGGAGGCGCUUUGGGAAAGCCUCGCACCGAAAAUCAAGCAGAUCGUGGAUAAAGAUGAGCCCAUGGCAUGUGGGCAUAGCUGCAGCACCUGUCCGACGAAGCAUGAAUGUCAGGUUCAUGAUGCGAUCAAAGACAUCGAAGAUCUUUAG